AUGGCGACCGGUGAGAGGCUAUCAAAUCUCAGGUUGCUCAGGACGUCAUUGAUUCUGGACCAAGGCGACAUACGCACGACUCGCCAUGUAGACUAUUUCAGACUGUGUGCUUACAACGCGAGGACAGCGUCCAGAGUGGCUUACCUACAUGCCCUUCUCGGAGCUGCAGAACGUAUCAAAUUUCACGUGAUUGCUGUGCAGGUGACCAAGUGCAGAAGGAGCGAUGUACGGCAGAUGAAUGACGAUACACUCGUCACUCGUGGAGAGAAGGUUCCUUCGCGAAAUGUAGGCGGUGUUGGUUUUGUUGUGCACCCAUCUGUCGUCCUGUCUUGUCGAUUCACACAAGAUCUUGUCAACUCGUCUGGCCAUUCUUUGCCUUCACUCUCUGCGCCAAAAACCUGUCAUAAACUGCUACUCACGUGCAUCAGCAGCUGGUGA